UUGCUAAUUCCACGGCUCGCCAUAUAUGCCUUUCGAUCUGUUCUCUUUGCUUUUUCUUCUUCUUCCUCGAGAAAUAAAAGCAGGCUUUGGGAAGGAAGGAGAUCUGAGCAGGUUAACAAUGGCCGUUCUUCUCUACCACUCCUUCGCCUUCGUUUCUCUCUUAGCCUACGGAAUCUACCACUUUAUCUCCGCCACCCGCUCCUUCUGCAAGCCCGCAUCGCCCUCAUCAUCCGGUUCCCGCUCCCCGAUCGCUGGCACCGGCGACUACAUCGCUCGUCCCUACUACCCCCUGUUUCUUUCAUCCCACCUGCAUCACAUCUUCCGUCAUCUUCCUCUCUACCUCGCCUUCCUCUCCCUACUUGUCUCCAUAGCUCAUCACGCUUUCCUCUCCACCGUUGCGGCCAACAGAUUCUCCUCUCUACAGACUGCCGCCUCCCUUCUCCUUUUCCUCUUCAUCGCGAUUUCGUUAUUUCUUCCCCUCUCCCUACCCCCAGACCUCAUAUUUCUCCUCUCCGCUGUAGCCUUCGCUCUCCUCUCUUCUAUUUCCUCCGCCUACCAACCCUCGGACCUCCAAUCCAAGUGCGAUUCUAUAUCUUCUGUCAUCUCCGCUGCGUCCGCGGCUUUCUCUCUUGCACUGGCUGUCUGCCCUCGCCUCUUUCUGGCGGAGCUUGCCCUCGCCGUCUCUGUAUCCCUGCAGGGACUCUGGUCUCUCCAAACUCUCCUCUCGCUUUACGUUGGGGGCUUCAUACCUGAGGGUUGCCAUCGGCUCCUCGAAGUUACCGAUGAAUCCAUAAGAUGCGAACUCGAGGACUCACGUAACCGCGCCGCCGCCCUCCUUGAUCUCGCGUUCGUACUUCACACCACGUUAAUCUCCGUCAUUGCCGUCAUCUUCUAUGCUGUUCUUACCCGGGGUUCGGGUGGAGGCCUCCCAAGACGCUACAAUGGCGGAACCUAUGAGGCUUUGCCAACAACUACGUCGUCCGGAGGACUCAAUGAUUUUGAUCACAUCCAGAUGAAGGCCAUCACGAAGAAUUCGACGCAGGCUUGAAUUUGACUCGAGUAAACGGGAAAAAAACGGAUCGCUUGCUUGUAGAAAUCGUAAGAUAAAUUUUUCUUAAGAUACAUAGCUGCUUAACUGUAGAAUUUUGUAGAUCUGCCAUUGAUAGCAGAAAGUUGUCCAUGAAAACUUGGAUAUUUAUUGGUUCAACUUCAUUUGAUGUAGAUCUGAGGUGUUUUUUGCUGUUCUGAGAUGAAUUGGUAGCUUAUAUUUCCAUGUUUUUGAAAUGAAUCCUUACAG